ACGUUGGGAUGAUUGUGAAUGGAACCACUGGCAUGGCCGCUCGCAAUACAGCAUUUGGGGCAGUCGAAUAUUAUGCCACAACAUUCAACUGGUCCAAAAUGCUGUAUUGCGAUAUUAGCCUCGCGAAAUCCAUGCCUUCCGCCUGCAGGACAUAAAAGCCCACCUGUCUUGCCAGCUUACCCCCACUAACAGGCCAGUAUACCAACUGCAGAGUCGGAUUGAUCCACAAGAUUACAGUAACGAGCUAUGGCUUCUAUUGAAUCUUCUGCAAGACCGACCCUCGAGGAAGCUUCAACCCCAGUGCAAUCCAAAAGACUAGCUCCUAAGCACAAUUUUGAAGGACACGAUAAGGGGAUUUGGGGUUUCGUUUUCUUGCACGACAAUGUCCACAUCGUGAGUGGUUCAGUGGAUGGCACUAUGCACAAGUGGAACUGCGACACGGGACUUGCUGUCGGGGAACCGUGGAAAGGUGAAGGUGGAGGCAUAUAUGCGCUGGCGCUUUCACCAGAUGGCAAGAUACUUGCGUGUGGGAGGGAGGACGGAAGCGUUCAACGAUGGACUAUCGACGGGGAGAUGAUCGAAGGCGUUUGGACGGGUCAUAGCAAGGCGGUGUGGUCGUUAUCGUGGUCACCCAGCGGAAGUCAUAUCGCCAGCGGGUCCGAAGAUGGAACAAUCCUCAUUCGAAGAGUAGAAAGUGGAAAAAUCGUGGUGGGCCCGAUCAAGACGAAGCAGGAGGGUGUAGAAGCUCUUGCAUAUUCACCUUCGGGUGAGAGAAUCGCAUCAGGCGGGCUCAAUACAAUUUGUAUCUGGGACACGAAGACCGGCCAGCUCGUCGUUGACCCUAUCAAAGACCUGGGGCUCUCUGUGACGUCCUUGGUGUGGUCGUUCGACAGCACCAAACUCUAUUCCGCAUCAGACGAAUUCGCACGUGUGUUUGACAGUAAAUCGGGCAAACUACUCCAUCGCUUCGAGCACGACCGCGUCUUGUAUUCGGUCGCACUUUCUCCCAAACACAAUGUACUGGCAUGUGUCGGCCACCAAGGUGUUGCACAGCUAUGGGACACAGUGUCCCAUCAGCCACUCGGCCAGCCAUUUCACCAGACUCAUGACACCCUUUACUGUGUCUCGUUUUCUCGAGACGGGAAAUACGUAGCAUAUGGCGGAGACAACAAGAAACUCACUCUAUGGGUGCUCAAAGACAUGGCUCCUCAGCUUCCAGCACCCACACCACUUCGACAACGCGAUAGCCAAAGCACACAACAGGAAACUCGGUCCAACUCCCCAUCAUUAUCGUGCCUUGACGCUGAUGCUACCGGGGGUAAUGACUUCAUUGUCGGGGUGCAUUAUGAUCUAGACAACAAUUUCUUCCCGUCUUCGCAGCAAUCUCUUCCAUCGCCAUCACCAUCACCUUACCGUCUCCCCCCUUGGUUGUCGGUUCGCCGCCUCUGGAAUGUCGUCUCUCGAUAUUGCCCACUGCCAGACGAGUCUGUUCCACAAGAACGCUCAAAACGCAAGCUCUUUGCUCGUCGUGCUCGCUCAGACUCACCCCUAGAGCCUACAACUAUUAAAUCCAACCAACACGUACCAGAGGAGAAAGUGCGAGAAGGGGAAGGCGAGCAAGGUGAUGAUCGCACUUCCGAGAAUGAUCCACUCAGCGCCAGAGAGGAUAAAAGCAAACAGCGAGAUGAUUCUUCCGCCCACCUCGAUAGCCAAAAUAAUCGAAACCUUUGGGAACGACUGAUACAUGCUCGAGGGAAAAAUCUCACAUUUGAUUCACCGUACUCUCAACUUGAAAAUGCACCCCAACGUAGAAUACCGCGUAAUCCCUGGCAGUGGAAUUUUAGCUUAAUUCCAGCAAAAUAUUCCAGACAUCCCGUUAAUGUUGCUGCUUGCCGCGAUGAAGAUAGAUACGGCAUUGCCCCUGAAUCUGACGAGGAAGCGGCUGCAGCCAUGCUACGCACAAAUGGCGAUGUGGCCGACAGCUCAACGCGACCAGGUCGACCUGCAGUGGUGGCACGGCCCACACAAACAUAAGCCUCGACAAGCGACUCAGAAGAAAUUGUAGUAAGCUGCUGUGGAUUUGUCAUUAGCCGUCGUUGUUGUUCCAACUCGCAUCAGCCAUGAGUUC